AUGGAUAAUCGUUUCGUUUGUUAUUACACAAAUACCACAUAUUCAUCCAUUAAAUCGAAGGGCCUAGAGCAAAAUAUAAAUAGGUUUUUUGCCAAAGAAGAUUUACCCAAAAACUCUUAUACAACCCCAGGGAACGAUCUACCAAAUAGUGACCGAUGUGAGACUAUACACAUCGGCGUAGUUUGCUCAGGAUUCGGUGCUAGUUUGUAUUUUCAUACUCUUUUAAAAUCCAUUUACUUUUAUAGAGUUAAUCCCCUACACAUUCAUGUCAUUGCGAACAGUAUUUCUGAGAAGAUUUUGAGGACAUUGUUCGAUACUUGGAAUGUGCCACAGGUAAACAUCACAUUCUACGAUUUAAAUCGGUAUACAAGCGAGUUGAGAUGGAUACCAAACAGUCAUUAUUCUGGGAUACACGGACUGAUGAAAUUGGUGUUCCCAAGAAUCAUACCUAUUGAAUUAACUAGCAAAUUAUUGGUGCUAGAUACUGACAUCACAGUUGUGAACGAUAUAUAUGAGCUGUGGAGCUUGUUCAAAUAUUUCAAUAAAAAACAGGCUAUUGGCAUAGUUGAAAACCAGAGCAAUUAUUAUACAGAAAGAAGCCAACAUUACAAUCCAUGGCCUGCUAUAGGGAGAGGAUUCAACUCAGGAGUACUCCUGUACAAUUUAUUAGUUCUAAAGAGAAUGGAGUGGCCCAAGUUAUGGUCCGAGGUGACUAAGAGGACUACCCUCGUAUACGGGCCUACCCGUUUGGCAGAUCAGGAUAUAAUAAACGCUGUCUUGAAGGAGAAUCCUGAGAUGCUGUUUGAAGUGCCUUGUUAUUGGAAUACACAACUAAGCGAUCGCACAUUGAGCCAAAGCUGUUACAAACAGCAUGUAGUUAAGAUAAUCCAUUGGAAUUCCCCUAAAAAAUACAAUGUACACAACAAAGACGGUGAUUACUUUAGAAAUGUCGCCUCUGGAUUCAUGGAAUAUAAUGGAAAUUUGUUAAGGAAGCAGUUAUUAUUCUGUAAUAAAGCUCAAGCUGUUGCAACUAAUCAUUCAGAGGAGCUUUGUUCGGAAUUCCAUAGACUUUUAAGCACAAGUUGGAGGACGCUUCUCUUUUUUAGGGAAUAUAAACAUUCCGUUUCAGUAAAUGAUGUUACAUUUGUUGCUCAAUUGUCUUACGAUAGGUUACAGACCAUAGAAGAACUUGUUAAAUGUUGGCCAGGCCCUAUAAGCCUGACACUGUAUGUAUCUGAUCCAGAGUUAGAAAAAAGUAUAUCGUUUAUAUCUAGUUCUGAUAUAUUACAGCAGAGAUCGAACGUUGCAUAUCAUGCUGUUUUUAAAGACGGUGACUUCUAUCCAAUAAAUAUGUUGAGGAAUGUGGGACUGCGCCAAGUACAAACCCCUUACGUGUUCUUAGCGGACAUAGACUUCUUACCAAACAAAAACCUUUACGAGAUGCUCAUAAAACACCUAUUUUCCAUGGCAUUUAUGGAAAAUAAGGCAUUGGUUGUUCCGGCUUUCGAAAUACAAUCAUACGGUAAUCUUAUCCCGAGGAACAAAAAGCAGCUACUGAAGGGACUGAAGAAUAAGUCCGUCGUUCCAUUCCUAUCCAGUAUUUGGUCACUGGGCCACGCCCCUACAAAUUACGAGAAAUGGAAGACUGCAGACGAACCGUACAAGGUUAUGUGGGAGCCUGACUAUGAACCGUACGUGGUCGUUCGGAGGGACGUGGUGGAAUAUGACGAGAGAUUCCUCGGGUUCGGUUGGAACAAAGUUUCGCACAUCAUGGAACUGGAAGCACAGAAUUACGAAUUCGUUGUUCUGCCUGAUGUUUUUAUCGUUCACAAGCCUCACGCGCCCAGUUACGACAUAGGAAGGUUCAGGUCUUCGCCUUCCUACAGACUUUGCCUUCAAAUGUUGAAGGAGGAGUUCAUACAAAAGCUCAACAAAAUGUAUAAUCGUGUGUUCGAGUAUUCAAAUUCCUCACUGAACUUUCCUAGUAUCCCAAAUAAGCGUAAGAAAAGGAAUUUUCUUCCACCCGCUCAAACAACAGUCGAAACCAACACCGACUACCCUUCCAACACAGAAUGAUCAGUGCUACCAAUUUUCAUAUAAAUGUUCUCAUCCAUGACAUAUUGAAAUUCAGUCGAGCAAAUCAGCCAUAUUUAUCAUGUGUGAUAGUUACCAGUAAGUUAUAUGUCAAAAGUUUUAAGAGGUUGUUUAUACUAUAUCGUUUCAAAUUUUUAAAUGUAUUAAAAUAUAUAAGUGACAUGUA